UAAAUUCCGGGCCUAGUGCACGUGAACCCACAAACUUUGAGCAGAACUGCUACGAGCCUCCGGAAAUUCUGGCCUCGUAAACCCUCCCCCCAAACUUCAUCCAACCUCAUCGCCAUCGAGGGCCGGCCAUCAAUACCGAAAUUAUUCAAGAUGGUCAACCUGCGAACUCAGAAGCGCCUUGCCGCGUCGGUCAUUGGCUGCGGCAAGCGCAAGAUCUGGCUUGAUCCCAGCGAGCAGAGCGAGAUUUCAAACGCCAACUCUCGCCAGACCAUCCGAAAGCUCGUCGCCGAUGGCCUCAUUAUCCGAAAGCCGGUGACGAUGCACUCGCGAUCCCGCGCCCGCGAGCUCAACCUGUCCCGAAGAGAAGGCCGACACCGUGGAUUCGGUAAGAGAAAGGGUACUGCCGACGCUCGUAUGCCCACUCAGGUCCUCUGGAUGCGCCGCCUUCGAGUCCUCCGACGCCUUCUGGUCAAGUACCGUGCCAGCGGCAAGAUCGACAAGCACCUCUACCACGAGCUCUACCACCUGAGCAAGGGUAACACAUUCAAGCACAAGCGUGCUCUGGUUGAGCACAUUCACCGUGCCAAGGCCGAGAAGCAGCGUGAGAAGGCCCUUAAGGAUGAGAUGGACGCCAAGCGUGCGAAGACCAAGGCUGCCCGUGAGCGCAAGUUGGAGAGAGUGGCGGCAAAGCGAAAUGCCCUGCUGGCGGAUGACGAGUAAAACCAUUUUGAAGGACAUUCUCGGUCUGAGGGGCUGCAUUUGGAGUCUACGGGUUGGGUUUUUUUUCUACGCCCUUCUGGUUUCUACAGUCGUACCGGUGGGUUUGUGGCAUGUAGCAUUGAAAAAAAAUGAAAUGGUAAAUGCUCGAGGUAAUUCAUUCGUUCAAUCUGUGUUGCACUAUAUCGAGCAUUUCGUACCUGUGAUAGGCAUAGGUACCAGGUAUGACUUGAUGACUCUUAGGUGACACUUAGACAGGAGAGAUUUGAGAUAUGGAAUGGAUGCAUAACUUCUUAUAAAGAUAUCGUAUGAUUUAGCAACGGGUGAAAUGCGGCUUGUAAAAGAAACAGUGAGAUAGAAAAUCACAUCCAAUUUGUU